CGUUGAAGCGGCUUAAAAUCCAUAGCACUGCCGUCAAACCUCUGCUGGAAAAUGAAUAGCGGAUGCAAACAGAGCUUAACGCGUUAGGAUACACAAAGGGGGCUUUGUGGUUGACUGCAAUUUUGAUACAGGAAUCAGAGUAAUGAAAUUCAACAUCCCCAGGACGAAGGGAACUGUACGGCGUCGAGCACGUACACUGUGGGCUACUAUACCACUGUAAGCGAGCGGGGUUCCUGUCAAGGAUAUGAAUGCACCAUAGUAGACCUGAACUCUCAAUGAGAAAAAUGAAAAGCAAAAGAUUUCAUCACAGGACUGCUGCAUCUACAAGAAAGCGUUGUGCCUAAAACAAGGUCGUCUACAAAAAAGGACAACACAAAAACAAACCUUUUUUUUUUUUUUUUUUUUUGUUUUAUUUGCUACUAUUUUAAAACAGAAUAAGGACAAUUGCCCUCUUAACACACAAGUCACUCUCUCCCUGGUUCCCCUUAUGUGUGAUUCGCUUUGCCCCUUUGAAAUCACGGACAUGCUCCAGCAAAACAAUAACAAUAAUUACUUGUGCUUGGAGCGGGGGUGUCACAAUAGAAAAAUAACUGUAGAAAACAGCGGCGAUUGUGGGGGAGGAGGAGGGGGAGGGGGUGACAAUCUACCGCAGGCCACUUCACAAGCAGAGAGACGGGGCGAACAACGUCAAGGCCCCAAAACAAAAGGCUUCAGGAGCCGAACGGUGAGCGGGGCCUGUGCCAAAAACAAAAAGAAAGCCAAGCUCACAAAGCCAGGCCUUCAACCUCUUUCCCAACCCCUGGGUGGAAUUACAGCCUGCCAGACGAGGCUGGUGUCAGAUUCCCCGGUAAGCGAUACCAUCUCCUGCUUGAAUACAGGCAGGUUCUAUUCCAGUCGUUCAGAGAAUAGCUGUGACGGCCCUGGGAUUCGUGCCGAUGUAAGCGCUCUCAGUCUAAGCAGUAUCAGCAGCCUGGGAUCACCGGUAACCGUGGCAACCUUAGAAGCUUCUGAAGUGAACCAAACAGUGGCUCCCACAACAGUAGAGGGCUCAUUCCUGAGUACUACAGCAAGAGACCAAUACUACAGCACUGGGAUCAUUUACAUAAGGGCUACCCAGAGUCUUGCUUCCCAACCACAGGCUGUUGGCAGACAUGACAUUCUUCUAAACCUCCGGGGAAGGGAAGACAGAAAUAUGACUGGGGAAGCUGCUUUCCCUGGGCAGGAGGAUGGGGUUGUCCGAUCCAGUAACGGAGAUGGGAAAGCAGUGGAAACAAACGCACAGGUUUUGGCAAAAGAUGCCAGGGAAGGGUUUAAGACUGAUACAGAGUCCUGUGGCAAUGCAGGGGAGCAGAAGGAGAGCUGGGGCUUUACAACGAUUGAUGUGGACAAGCAAGAAGAAGAAGAAGAUGACAAUGUGAAGGAAUUGAGCGCUGACUCUUGUGUGCUGGGAAGACGUGAUACCAAAAACUCAGGGUCGGGAAAUGCUGAAGACUGCAUGAGGAGUGGAUUCAAUCACUGUACGCAGAGUGAUGAUGUUCAGAGGAAAUUAGCAGAUCCAGGGUGCGAGCAUCAGAAGCACCACCCACAGAUAAACAGGGAAGGCAGCAGACAACACGCUGGAGAUCUGGUGACGGAGAACACGAGGCAGCAGGCUAUCUCCGCAGCAUCGGAGUCUCAUAACCAUUGCUGCUGUUCUAUGGAAAUGACGCUGGAGAGCCGAUCAGGGCGUCAGAUGCGGGGAGACAAAACUAGCCGAACAGUGGAUCACGUGACCAGAGAUUCUCCAGCGCUUGCGGAAUAUCAAAUUCAAAAACGCAAUGCUGGGGAUCGGAGGAGUGGAAUUACAGCUAACGCGCCUCCGUGGCUUAGGGUCGUGAAUGAAACAUGCCGUGGGUGUCACAGGCGGGGAGGCGCGGGGAAUGGGCAGAGCGAAAGAAGGAUCGCAGAUCUUGCAAAAUAUGAAAACCCAAACCAUAACCCUGCAGACAGCAGUGGUGAAAUGAUAGCUCAUGCUACUGUAAGGGUUAAGAAGCCUGAGGGAACUAGUAGUGGGAAAACCAAUAGGCUGGACAGCAGGCCUGUGGAAAUGUGCACAGCAGAUACUUCUGAUCUUGCGGAAUAUUAUUGCUGUAACCCAGGGGGCUGUGACUGUUGUGAAAUCACUUCUCUAAGGCAAAGAAAGCUCCAUGGAGAAGUCGAUAAUGUAAGGAAUGGCUAUUUCUGUGCGUCCAAUAGGGGAGACUUGUAUGACAGUCUGACCACUGAUUUUGUCUCUGUUUUGGGUAACAGUCAGUUUGAAGCAUGUGCUUCAGUGCAGCAGUUGGCCCAAGGAGAAAGACUGGGAGCUGGUUCAUGUGGCAAUCGCUUCUCAGAAUGUGCCAAAGCCUGUGAAAAGCACCCAAGCCUGGCAUUAGACUCUCUGACGGGAAAGACUGAAUGCACACCCAUGCCAAAAGAUUUUAUCUGUAGUCACAAUAACGACAGUGUGGCACAGAGUCAGGGCCUGGAUAAAAAAGCAGGCCGCACAGAGCAGGGGGCUUUACUAUCGGGGUUUCACACCAGCCAGGCAGGCGAGCAUGGCAGCGAUUCAAACACAGCCCCCAUUUCAGACAACACAGUUCCACUGCAGUUUGAUAAGCCUGCUGCAGCAGCUAGGCCUGAUCUGUCAGUCUCUGUAACCAAGGCAACGUUCGUGGCACAAGAGAGCUCAGAAGUGGUCGGAGGUCAUUAUCCUUUUCUCAGCACGACCGGUGAGAUUAGUAAUCAUGACGGGGAGAGCCCUAGUAUUGAACAGGCAGGAGACGAAGAGGAAUUUGGCCUUUUUGAGAAGGCAGGGGAUCGCCUCCACUGGGACGAAGAAUUUUUAGAGUUUGAACAAGGGUCUUGCUGGAAGAAGGGCUGUGCUGAUGUUGCUGUCAGUCCACAGUCCACCUCAUUGGACGGCUGGACUGCCUUCUCAGAGGAGGACACCAGUGGAUUUGGACCGGGAGACGGGACGGAGCAGGACAGAGAUAGUGGUGGACAGUGGUGGCUGGACAGUGCUGUAGAGGACACCGGAACUACACCAUGCACACCUCUGAACCUGUCCAGGGUCUUUCAAGACUGCUUCCCUUCUGUGACAUCAUCACACUGGGAGACAGACGAGGUCCCAUCUCUGAGAGAACAGAUGCAAAGGCCGGCCUCCAGUCUGUGGGAGGGACUCCAGGAUGUGAACGAGGCAAUUGGUUUAAAAUACAAGUGGGCGGGAUCUGGUGCCCAAAAACUCCUCCUACAUUCCCUUCACAUCGACGUGGACACCGUUGCCUGCCCCCAGCUCAGUAGAGCCAGCCCUGAUCACAGACUCAACCUGUUCAAGCAGCGGAACCCAGCGGACAGGAUUAGCAAGAAAAAGAUCUCCUAUGAUCCCAACAAGAACAUGCUGGCUUGAGCUCCAUGCCUCCACCACACCUCCUCCCUCAGUCUACAGCUCUGGCCAAAAGUUUUGCAUCCUCAAGAAAGUUAGGAUUGAGACAUUAUAUAUAUAAAAUUUAGAUCUUUUAUUUAACAUCAUGUAAUCAAAGAAACUACAAAAUGAUCUUGCAAAAGAAAGUCUACCGCAAGCCAUAAUACUGGUAGUGUUUCACAUUAGAUUACGAAAUGCCACAUUUGUUGUCAGGUUUUAGUUUGGUAUAUGGGAAACUACGAAGCGGGGUGCAAUUCAAUGUGUUAGCGUAACAUUAUUUGGCAGGUUUCAUUCGACUUUAUGAAAUGAGUUGAUUCUAUAGGGUGAUGCCAAACUGAUGGCCAUAGCUGGAGUGUCUACCCAUAUUGAACCUUUAGCAGACAGUGGCAUUGCCAGCACAUGCCACAGGCAGUGGGUUUGGAACUGAUAUUGCAUAGUUCAGAGGUCCUGAUUCGCUAGCACAUCAUCUGUCUAGUACUGAUAGGGACCGAGAUGGAAUUACCAGCAGUAAAUGUGUGAUUGUGAUACUAUUGUCAGAAUACCAAGCACCAGCCAGCACAGGGGUACCAAGCACCCUGUGACCACUGAAGACCAUUUGGUAAGGCCAGUGCUGUAUUGAUCUAAAACGGGACAAUUUAUUUGUACAGGUAAUUAGACAGCAAUAAUCUUUUAAAAACACCUGGGUAUGUGAUAGUACAAGAUACAGUUUGAUAAUAUGAAUUGCAUUUAUGGAUUUGUUGGUUUUAAAACCAACGAUAAACAAAAUGUCCUCGGUCGCGGCUUUCGUCUACAGAAAGGACAACACGGGUCAUGUUUUCAAAGCCUCUACAACAGUUUUUAAUCAACUCCUAUUUUUUUUACAAGAGCUAAAACGAUGGUUAAUUUUACAAAACUAGAACCAAACAAAUAAGUAACAUAAAGUAAGUUCUCAAACAUUCCCAUUAGGCUUGGUUUAAGAAUCCUUUGAAAAUAUAGCCCACAAUCCAUACAAUGCAAUAAAGCAAGUAAUUGAACACAAGGUUUGCAAAACACAGGUAGCACAUACAGUGGCACCAAAAACAUAAUUAGACACUCGAUUGUAACGUGCAUAGUUACAUGUGUAGUUUAAUUGAUUACUUCAAUUCACAAAACACCAGCUUGUACUGAAUUACAGAUACUGAAGGGCAAUUGUGUGACUACUUGGAGGUGCCACUGUAUUUCAAGUACAAAACUCUUGCUUAUAAAAUGCACAGAACAGGUGCCAUUAGGUGAGGUUACAUGAAAUCAUGCUUUCUUUGUAUUUUACACACAAAGUUUUCUCCUGUGAACCAGCACUUUGUUUUUUCUAACACCAAUGUUUGCAUUUAUUUAAAACAAUAUAUAAAAAGCACCUUCACAGGCACGCAUCCCUCUUCUUAUUGUUGGGCAGGGUAAUCCCAGGUGAGAUUCAUUUACCAGAGGGACAAACCAUUGCUGAAAGAGGGGUAUUUUUAACCUUGAAAUAGAUAAGAAUUCUCUCCUUUUCUUAAUAUUAAUUCUGCACUACGCAACUAAUGAACUACUGGCAAUUUAUGAUUAUGAAUAACAAAAAUGAAAAUAUAAACAAAUAACAUAUUUUCUGGCAAAAUAAUCUGUAUAAUUUUAGACAGUUAAUUUAUUAAAUUAUGUAAUAAAGAAAAACAAAUGUUGACGUGACAAUGGUGUGGCU